CAUCAAAUCAACCGCUAUCAUGAUAAUUAAGUAAUUAUUCAAAUUAUUCGAGUAACAAAUAAGGUUGAAUCUAGAGAGCAAAGGUGAGUUACACACCAUAAGCUUCGUCAAGAUUAGGUUUCCGCCAUUAAAAUGAGUAAUGGAAACGGAAAAUAAUUGGUUUGCUGGACGAGACAACUCACCAGCUGUUUUACAAUCGUCAUUAAGCAACAAUUACAGAGUGAAGUACAGGCAGUACAGCCACACCCACGUGUCUAUGACAGCGGAGAAGGACGCUGAGCCAGAGAAGGUUACCUCUACAAUUGACGGAGAGCCGGAGAAGGGACGGCGACGGUCUCACGGAGUUCAACGGACAGCGGAGCGGCAAUGGGAGGAACUUGCCGGAAACAGAGCCUGGAUUAGGGCUGCUGUCUGCAGAGUCAUGUUCCCGUCGCUAGCGACGGAGACGACAGGGUUCGACGGCUGGCUUCGACGGAAACAGAGCAACGAGCCAAGAGCCAACGACGAUGAACGGAGGAGGAGGGAUCGGUGGUCGUGGACUCGUGGUCGUGCAGCAGUCAGGGCGUCAGGGGAUGCAAAUAGCAAAUAGGCUGGCUUAGAUCGUUAGGGACUUGGGGCUUUUUUAGGGUGGGUGGCCGACGUUUCGUUAUUCUGAUUUCUGACGAUCCGCUGUUGAAAAUCACUUUCCCAUUCGGUGUCGGAAUACCGAUCAGCCGACGGUAAAUUGCAAGGCCGGUCCCGGCAUACCGCAAGCCAAGAAUUCACAUCCGGUUACCGUUUUUUUGGUUACCGGUUUAACCAAUUAUCGCGGCUACCGGUACAGUAACCGGUUAAACCGGUAACCGCAAACCCGUUUGGCAGCCCUACUGAUAGGUUAAGAUCGAAACUAUCAAAUCCCUCUGGAGUUUGUGAGACCAGUAAAGGUUGAAGAAUUUG